AUGGAGCUUCACGAGGCGAUAAUGUUCUUCGACGUGACACUGCUCCUUGCAUCCAUCUCACCGCAGUUGGUGUGCAAGGCCCUGGGGUGCGUCCUGCAUGGAAGUAUGGCAAAUCACGGGCAUGUCUUUACUGAUAUUGUCAUCAUAUUUAAGUAGUCUUACAGGCCGAUGCCUCCGGUCAUUCCGGGUAAAUUGUACACACAUAACUGCAUUUAUGCUGCACCAGGUAAUGCAGUGACAUAUGUGUCGAUGGUUUGCAAUUGACAACAUCUAACUUCAUUUUCUUCUCUCUGAAUCAUUGUAGAAAUUGCAUGUUUAUGCUCAAUCGUAUUAUUGGACGCAGAGGACUGCUCGUCUGUGGUCGACUACUGCGUCCUUUCGUCGGCAGUUUCAGCAACGUCUCAUCACCUCGCUCCUCUCCAAUUAACCUCAGGGAUCACAACAUCAAUCACAUGUUUGGUGCGUACGAGGAGGUUCUUUCCAUCCAGAUCCACUAUCUUCGUCAGGGCCUAGGAGCCAACAAUAUCCUCCUAUUUCCCGGUCCAUUCGGCUCCAUCAGGACUGAUUACAUGGGCUUCCUACAGCGUCUUAACUGAAAUGAGUACGUUCCCUGGGGCUGCUUGACACUGUGUGUUUUGACCAACUGGUGUAGAUAUAGACGGAGAUAGGUGUAGAAAGUGGCACUAGGAUACAUCAUAUAGAAGUGGCCCAGUAGCCGACGACUACACUAUGUACGCUGUUGGUACACCCUCAAGAUUGGGUAGACCAGUUUGGUAAGCGUGAAUAUUCGUAUACAACAGUCAUUGUGGUGUCUGCAAUGCAGGAUGUUGUGACGAAACUAGCAAAUCUGCCACUACACACAGUUAUGAUCAUCAAUGGAGGAUACGGAAGGGAGACCAUCUGUCACGAUUAUCCAUGCAUGCUCUGGAUAUGGGACACAAAUCUGCUAAAUUUAUGCUCGAAGGAAGGGUAUAAUUCGGUUUUAAAAAAGUUUCUAAUUGUUGGACUUUACUAUCGUUCAAAACCGAAUUGUACCUUUCCCUCGAGCAUCAAAUUAGAAGAAGGCGUAAUUAUCUACCGAAUGACCAGAAGAAUGAAUAUUUUUGUGCAUGUUUUCCAUGAAAUAUAAUUGGACUAUUCGGGGCAUCGAAAGUCAAUGAGAAAAUUUUAUGCUAAUUAAGUAGUCAUUUUUUACAGAGCGCAUUUUUUGUUUGCAACCGGAAGGAACUUCAUUCGAAAGUCGGCAUCCUGAGGUGACUGAACUAUCAUGUUGCAGACUAACUAGUUUUACAACCCUACUUAAUUAAUCUUUUCGAAACGAAAACGCAUUUCGAAAUUCCCGUUGACAUUUCAUCUGUUAGUACACCUACUGUAAUUCAUGCAUGCGUGUGGUCUGGAGAGGUUCUCUCGGACGUCACGUUUUAAAAUUUUGCGAACUCGCCCACCAGUUGUACGUCUGACGGCGACGACGACGACGAUGACGACGACAACGACGACCUAGGGCAAUAAGUUUUAAUAUAUCCGAAACAAAGUUUGUUGUUUCCUCAAUUGACUUCUUCAGCUUGAACAUAUACACACGCAAGGAAGGAGAAACGUCAACGUCUGUGAUGACUGCACGUGGCCUAUGAGAACAUCUUAGUUUACAGUAGGCGAGAUUAUCUGGAAACACAACAACCCUUAUUGCGCGCACAUUUUCGAUACAGGCUCGCCAGCUCAUUGCCAGACUUAUGGGACACACACAAAAAGAGUUCACCCUUUAACCCUGUUGAAGAAGUGAUUCUGCAGUUGGCUGAAGCUUGCGCCAUUGCACGUCAAUUGCAUUUCUUCAUGCCCUCGACAUUGGCUACACUGGCUUUCAUUUGUCCCUGAGGAAUUUGUGAGUGGCAUCUAAACCGAGAUGCCGAUUGAUGCAGGGCACAGUUGAUUGAAUUACUUCCAGGAAUUGACAGCGCAUCCUAAUUGGUAGAAGGAUGAAAACUAUAAGAGUGUUCUCCCAUGGGCAAGAUGGUCCCCCUCUCCUCAUCACCGCUAACUGACGUUCAUCUACAGGGUUUCAGACAGAUUUCCCAGUUCGGCAUCAAUAGACGGCAUCAAAACUGGCACAUGGGAUCUUGCAGACAACGUCUAUUCUUUCAAAGGGAAUGAAUUUACCCUGGAGAGUUUUACUAGAGAAAGAGGUUGUCACAGUUGAAAAGUGAUUUUUUGUCUGAUUCUAGCUAUGGGAAUCCGUUUGCUGUCACAGGCGUUAUUUUAGAGAGUCAAGUGUUUUAUCGAUUGUUAAAGGUCAGAUUAGCAGGUCUGUGCGUUUUCGUCCCCUAAAGUGCAGUAAUGACGCAUAUGGGGAAUUGGUUGUUUAAAGGGGCCGACAUUGUUUUGUCAUUUGGUGAACUCCAUGUUUUGACACCAAAACGACUCUCACCGAAUAGUCAUGUUCAGUUUGGAAUAUAUGAAAUAUUGAUUGUCGCGCGGUCUAGUUUCUGCGCAUACGUAAUUUAGAAAUGGAAGGAGAAAAUCAUCGGCAAAAUAUCAGUGUUCUGAGUGAUCAAAAGCGUGUGAACACAUAACACAGAGUCUGUGUUUAUAUGCAAUCCAUGCAGUACACUGAAAAUCUCAAGGUAUGCAGCGAUGUCUCAAGGCUGAUCUGAAAUUCAGUGUAAUCUAGAACAAACAAGACGUCCACAUUAGUUUUACGAAAGAAAAGUCCUGGCAACAUGUGCUCUUAUGAGAACUUUUAUUCCCAUGGCAUCCCCGUUGGCGAAUUCAAGCGAAAUCCUCUUAAAGGAAAUUUAAAUGUAAAAUUAGCUAAAAGACCACUUUCAGAAGUCAGUCUUCAAGUACUGCUUAAUAUACUCGUUUUCUGUAUGAACAGACAUUCCGUAUAUCUAGAACUGGAUUUUACACGAUUGCAAUCAUCUUUGACUUUUUUGGAAUUUUCUGCUUUUCUCAACAAAUCCAUAUUUCUAAGCAAUCUGCCAUUAUCUUUGAUUAAUAUAGACAUAGGGUGCAUGCAUUGGUGUCGGUUAGCGAGUAAUUAUCAGUCACACACAAACAAACACACACACACACACGACAGUUCGACCGUCGAUUUGGACGAUGUCCACCGCGUGCCCCACAGCUGCAGCAGCGGUGGGAGCAGGGACGGUGACUUGCGCAGGGGUUUAUAGUGCCAGUAGACUUCCGUAGCAUCUACCUACACUCUCUCCUCCUCCCCCACAUGAGCCCGGUGUCAAGACGAAGUGAAUAAGACCGGAGACGAGGGAGGCCGCAGGUGGAUGGCUUGGACGGAUCCUCACCUUGGCGCUUCACUCCGCACCCCCAGGUCCACAAAACAAAUGACCAGGAUUUUGACCACAAAACAAUGGGGUGACGGCAGUGGUCCAGUUGUGCGACGACUGCCGACAACAGGGUCUGCCAACGCACCCCGAAAGUGUUGGCAUUUGUUAUAGUGUGCGAUCCGAUAACGCCUGCCAGAAUCCAAUAUGGCUCCCGUGUUGGUCCAGCGCAUCUAACGCGUGGCUCGUUUGGAGGACACACAAACACAUGUGUAGAGUAGUCGUACCGUCUGUUAUGAGCAAUCACCACCUCUCAAAUGUACUUCUGUCCGCCUUCCCCCCCUCCCCGCUUUAGGUUUACCGCGAUAGCCUUUGAUCCGCCGGGCUGCGGUUUCAGCACUCCCCCCGUCCGCGAUUGGAGUGAUCCCGAGGUUCUGCUGCAGGAUGCCAGAGUUGGCGUGAAUUUGAUGCGCCAGCUGGGUCAUCUGCCCUUCUCCUGCAUCGGCUGGUCAGAGGGCGCCCUGUCAGCCAUCCGAGCAGCAUCGGAGUUGAAUAUGGACGGUCAGUCACAUUUUGAGUGGCUCACUCUGCUGGUGGCGCAUUUGCUUAUUUGUUCUAGAAUGCGCAUAUUGUGGACACUGUCAAAUGGCCAGUUGCCUGGCCUCAUGAUUUGA